AUGAAUUUAUCUCUACAAGAUCCAUUCUCGGUGGCUAAAGAAUUUCCUGAAACAUUAACCAAUACCUUAAAUUAUGGUCAUUCAGUGGCCAUCCAAUUCAACCACAAGGGUGAUUAUUUAGCAUCGGGCUUAUCUGAUGGAUCAAUAGUGAUAUACGAGAUGGUAUCUAGUGGGGUAAUAGCACAUCUAAACCAAUACUGUCAUAUAAGGCCUAUUACUUCAAUUACGUGGUCCAAGUGUGGAAGGUAUUUAUUGACGUCUUCACAGGAUUGGUGGGUCAAGCUAUGGGAUUUAAGCAAAGUGAAUACAGAUAUUGAUGAUUCACCAGUUAUUCGGCAAGUCAAAUUUGAUGGACCAAUAUGGCUGGCUUGUAUGCAUCCCACGAACCCGUUUAUUUUCACUGCUUCAUUAUUUGAAGAUUCACCAGUUUAUGUAGAUUUCACAAUAAAGGAUCAACCACCUCAAAUUACUACAUUAACAACGACACCUUUAGAAAUGAAUGAACCUACAGAAGGUGAUGAUGAAGAAGAAGUUGCAAGGAAAAAAAGAAAAAAGAUGGAAAAACACAUGACAUUGGUGCUGAUAUUCACUCAUGAGGGUAAUUAUAUUUUCACUGGCACCAGUAAAGGAUGGUUAAAUAUAUUUGAUACUACAACAUCAACAAGGGAGUUGAAAUUGGUCCGUUCAAUAAAAUUAGCCAACUCAAACAUAAAAAACUUAAUGAUAUCUCAAAAUGGAAGAAAAUUAGCAGUCAAUUCGUCAGAUCGAAUAAUACGACAGAUUGACCUACCGGAUUUGAUAAAUGUGGAAGAUUCCAACGAAUGGGAUUUUGAAAUUGAUCAUAAAUAUCAAGAUGUGGUGAAUCGAUUACAAUGGAAUUCAGUGUCAUUCAAUCACAACGCAGAGUUUCUUGUUGCAUCAACCCAUGGCCAAUCCUCGCAUGAUCUAUAUCUUUGGGAAACGUCCAUGGCGUCAUUGGUGAAAAUCCUAGAAGGGUCGAAUGAAGAAUUGGUUGACGUCAAAUGGAAUUAUUCUCGUUGCACAAUAGGAUCAAUUGGAUUAGAUAGUGGAAUAAUAUACCUUUGGUCAGUACAAUUUCCUCAAAAAUGGAGUGCAUUGGCACCUGACUUUGUUGAGAUUGAAGAGAAUAUUGAGUAUUUAGAAAAGGAAGAUGAGUUUGAUAUUAUAGAUGAAGAUGAGCUACAUAAGAAGCGAUUGGAAGAGGAGGAUUAUGUUGCUGAUGUGUUAAAAAUGGACACAACUGACGCUCGAGGAUUCGAUAUAACCCAGGAUUCAUUUAUUAUCCCCAUUAAUUAUGAAAAGAAUUUCUACGAUUGA